GGGAGAGCCUACUUCCACCAGGGGGAAGAGUGGAAAAUGUCCCUGGGGUGGAUGGCCCGCGCGGGGACAUGAACAUCCAUCCUGCUCUUGAACGACACGUUCUGGUCCCAGGCUCAGGAAGCCGCUAUCUUCCGCCAGCCAGGACGCCUCCUGCCCCCAGUCUGGGCCUCCAUGGCCGCCCGAGCCCAAGGUGACCGCCUUUCAACCGCAACCUCUAUGCUGCGCCCUAGGCGCUCUGUGUCUGUCUCUCCCUCCUCCCUCAAUCAGGGAGUGCACUUGGCCACGGACACCUCGCGGACUUUGCCUGUAGGGGAGGAGAAGCCGCUUCUCUGCUUGACGGGGGCUGCGGCGUAGUGCUGGGAACUCAGCUGAGCCCUCUCGGGGGAGGGAGAGCCUGGAGCGCAGUAAGGCGGCUCCUGGCGCCCCCUCGGGCCUGAGCUGUGCACAGCAAGGGUGGAACCCGAAGGGAAGGCCCAAGCGCCCAGGGGCGUCGCUGCCGGCUGGCCCGGCCAGGUCCUGGAAAGAUGGUUUCGGAGGAUACCCCCAACAAGAGGGCCAGUGGUUCAGAAGCCCAGCCCGGUGCACUAGUGUGGUCAAGUUUCCUACGCAACGCCAGGGACAUGGAGCCGAAAAGGUGCCAGGGUGCACUCAGUGGUAAAACACCGCACCCAGAGUGCCACCUAGGUAGUUGGUCAGGUCUAGGCAAGCUCUCUUGCAAGAAGUCCUGCUUCUUGAGCUGACCUGGGCGCUCCAGUAGAUGAAAUUCUGUGCCCACCCCCUACUCCAGCGAGGCGUGGGUGUCCGGAGGGCGGGGCCGGAGUCCUCCUGGCAGGUGCCGGAGGCUGUGCCCGGCCCUGCCCCCGGGGGCCGUUCUUGGAGGCCAGAGGCGGGUCAGAGAGAAGCGGCCAGUGCGGGCGACGCCUUGGAACCGACCGGCGGCGACUACAGCCACAGGUGCCGCACAGGGCACCAUGUCCUAGCUCUGGGCAUCAAAAUCCUGGCGAGGGGAACUAAGGGUUCCGAGCUGGUUCCAACCCUGGACACCGAGGCCUCCGGGCGAGAGAGUGGAACCCUGGGGUCGUCUGAAGCGCGGGGCCAAGAGCCCCCUGAGCCAGACGGCAAAACCCCUGGGCCUGCCAUAGAGGACACUGAAGUCUCCUGGCCGAGCUGCGAGGUCCUCGUGCCCUCCACAGAGCAGGGCGUCGAGACCCCUGAGCAAGGGAGCGAAGUCCUCCAGCCAUCAGGCCAGCCGUCCGCAGUUGCGGGCUUUGUGCAUCCUGAACCAGGCAGUGACGAUCCUGGGCCGUCCGAAGCGGGAAGCGCAGAGGUACAGGGGCAGUUUCCUACUCCCGGCCCUAAGACCUCCUCCUCUGGGUCAAGCCAGGAAACCCUGCAGCUGCGUUUUCUUCUGUGUCCCGAGGCUCCCCAACCAGACCCGGAGGAACUGCCAAUGGAGACGCCCAUCGAGCGCGAAAUCCGCCGCAGCUGCGAACGUGAAGAAAGCCUGCGGCGGAGCCGGGGCCUGAGCCCGGGCCGCGCGUGCCACGAACUCGUGGAGUUGCGCGUGCGGCCAAUGCUCAGUCUGCCCGGCCCUAGCCCCGCGUCCACGCGCGCCUUGGAGCGCGCGCGCGCGGGAGCGCAGAUGCAGCGAGACAUCCAGCGGGAGGCCCACCGGCAGGCGGCGCUGACGCGCCCCGCGGUCCCAGUCCCGCGUCUCGGGUCCCCGCCGCAGCCGCUGGGGGAACUCAAGCGUUUCUUCGAGGCCGCGGCGGAGAGCGGUUCCUCCGCGGUGGCGGCGGAAGGCGGCGCGAGCCCGCAGUGGCGGCCAGAACCCGGAGGCCGCCCGCGCUCGGCAGAGCUGGCUUGCGCCACGGCCCCUAUAGCUCCGUCGCUGCUGGAGCAGGAGGUGCGCGAGGUGCGCGAGCGCGAGCGGGAGCUGCAGCGCCAGCGGCGCAGCGUCUACGGUACCGUAGACUUCAAGGAGCCGGCGCCGAGCCUCACUGCGAGCAGGGGUGAUGGAAAGUUGACGGUGAUCUGGCCCCCCCGCAGAAAGGCUUCGGAGAACGGUCUGGAGCAGAGCGCAAACCUUGAGGUUUGAGUAGACUGGGAACCGUGGCCGGAAGCAACACAUCCGUCGGAGGACCAGGUCGUGGGGGGGGGGGGCGUCCAGCAGUGUCCUCCGGUUAGGCAGAAGGCCCUCUGUGCUGGGGAAGAUGAAAUUGACCGGUCCAUCCUUGAUCUUGACUUUAUGAAAUUGACCAGUACUCUCUUUAAAGGAAUUAACCUUUUAAUUAACAUUUAAGUCUGCACUGGGAAAGUGACCACCAUCCACAGCUGUGUCAGUGAAACUGUCCAGCACUUCUAAUUGCUAACUGAACUAUCCUCUCCCUUGGCUGUCAGAGGGCUGGGGUCACCGCCUCAGCUGCCCCCUCCCCCAAUAAAACCUUUCUAUCAGGGCAGUGGACGCUGUUUUCUUCUGGGUCCUUCUCUUCUGCGGUGGGGCCUGAGAAAACCCACAAGAGGCGCCGGCCGGAAUGCGGGAAUGUGCCCAUAGCACCCUAUUCCCAGGCUGCCCGCCUCGCGGUGCCAGACCCGGCCUGGCCCGAGUCCGACUGCCCCCUGGCGGCGUGGGCGCAAAAUGUGGCGCUCAGAGCUCGCGUCCUCCCUUUCCAACCUGCCUUCUCAACAUUUAUUAGUGCCAGCGGCUUACCCCGCGCCCUCUGGGCGUUGGCUAUUAGUGCCAAGUGGGCCUCUUAACAGUGAUAAGAGGCUGUUCCUAUCCUGGGGAGAUAUAGAAAGCUUAUAAAAAAGGGGGUGGUGGUAGGUAGUGAGGGUACAAGCUACUUCUCAACACCACCAGUUUCUGAUGAUCACUGUUCUUGACAUUGUUUCUCACAAGGAAUGAAUGUAUAUGUGAGAGGUGAGUGUCAGGAGUUUCUGGUUUCCAAAAGCAACUAGAAACACAGGCUUUAAAAGAGAAAUCAUGCUUCUUAAACUAUUAAAUAUAACAUCCACAAAAUAAAAAUGUACUGAACUUUUCACAAUUGUGACUCUUUAGAAAGAAACUUUUCGAAAGUCCUGGUUAAUUCCUUUUCCCUAGAUGGGAGUUCAAGAGGGGAAGUGAACACCCUAAGUUGUCUCUAAAACUGUAUCUGUACCGUUAACAUUCUGGGGCUAUAGGUUCACAGCUUUUUAGAAGUACACUAAGACCAGAAAAUGUGAGACCCAGAACAGUUAGAAUUGCUGCGUGAACUCCUGGAAUCUGGGUGGCGCCUGUGGCUCAGUGGGUAGGGCGACGACCCCAUAUACCGAGGUGGCGGAUUCAAACUCGCAGCGGACAAACUGCAACAAAAAAUAGCUUGGCGUUGUGGCGGGCACCUGUGGUCCCAGCUACUUGGGAGGCUGAGGCAAGAGAAUCGCCUAAGCCCAGGAGUUGGAGGUUGCUGUGAGCUGUGUGACACCACGGCACUCUACCCAGGGCGAUAAAAGUGAGACUCUGUCUCUACAAAAAAAAAAAAAACUCCUGGAAUCUGACCGAUUCUGCCUCCUGCAUAGGGACAGCAAAUGUCUAGUGAAAUAUAAAAUGAGAAAAAAGGCUCAAACAGCCAAGUGUAGCUUAGCCCAAGAAAGGCCCAAUUCCUGGUUCCAUCAUCAGUACACUGACCAUGUGCUUGACCUUAACUCUGGGUGGUCUAGAGGGAAAGACAGGAGAGAUCCAGGACUGCUAAGGAGGGAAAUGGAAACAUUCACAGCCAAUUCUUAAUUCCCAGGAGGGGAGCUAAGAACUAAACAUCAAGAGUGGACAGGAGUGCUUAAACCAGGGGUAUUCUAACUUUCCAGCAUAUUAAACUUAUGAGGUCCCUUCCAAGCAGAUCAGAAUGGAGGGGUGCUUUGUCAGUGUUUUUAUUUAAAGCUCCCCAGAUUAUUUCAACAUGCAGCCAAGUUUGAGAACCAUGAUGUAGAUGUAGAACACCAGUUCUCAAAAAAGUGUAGUGCCUGGGCCAACAAUUAUCAGCCAUACUUGGGGACUUGUUAGAAAUGCAGUUCUUCGCCAGGGGUUAGGGUGGCUCAUGCCUAUAAUCCUAGCACUCUGGGGAGCCAAGGAGGCAGAAAGGAGGAGCACUUGGAGACUUGAAGUGAGAUCCUGUCUCUAUUAAAGAUAGAAAAAUUAGUCGAGUGUGGUGGCCGGUGAUGACCAGGGAGGCUGAGUCAAGAGGAUCACUGAGGCAGGAAGUUGCUGUGAGCUAGACUGAGGCACUAAGGCACUUUAGCUCCAGGCCACAGAUCGGAUACUGUGUCUCAAAAAAAAAAAAAAAAAAAAAGUUAAGAAAGAAAAAAAGGCUGGGCGAGGUGGUUCACACCUGUAAUCCCAGCACUUGGGAGGCCAAGGUGGGUGGAUUGCUUGAGCUCAGGAGUUGGAGACUAGCCUGAGCAAGAGCAAAACCCUGUCUCUAAAAAAAAGAAAAAAAUAGCUGGGCGUUGUGGCAGGCACCUGUAGUCCCAUCUACUUAGGAGGCUGAAGCAAGAGAAUGGCUUAAGACCAAGAGUUUGAAGUUGCUAUGAGCUGUGACGCCAUGGCACUCUACAAAGGGUGGCAAAGUGAGUCUCUGUCUCAAAAAGAAAAAAAAAAACAUUCUUGAGUCUCAGCAUAGCCCUAAUGAUCAAAUUAUCCAUGUGAUUCUGAUGCAUGCUAAAGUGUGAGAAUCAUAAGUGUAGACAGCAACAGGACCCAGGAAAUCAAGCUGGUUUCCUUCCUCUCCCAGUAUUGCACUGCCACUACCCACAGGAAACCUUUAGUCUUAUGCAGACUGUGAAUUUCACUUAAAGGAAGACAGCCUAAAGCCACUUGUGGCUAGUCUCAACUGAGCUGCACUGUAAGUGUUAAACAUCAGAUUGCCAAGACAUGGUACCAAAAAAGAAAAUAUUCACUACUAAUUUUUGCAUGGAUUAUAUGUUGAAAUAAUAUUUUGUGUAUACUGGUUAAAUAAAAAACACCACUAAAAUGAAUCUUACCUCUUCUAUUUUGUAUGUGGUUACCAGAAAGUUUGAAAUUACACAUGUGACUUGCAUUUGUGGUUUGCUUUAGAUUUCUUUUGGAUUGAGCUAAAGAUUCUUAAAACCAUGGGAAGACUCACAGGGGCGACCUCAAUUCAGUAUCAGGGAGCUUCACAAUUUCCUUGACUUCACUCAUUCGGACCAGGGUCGUGAACUAAAAACAUCUUUGCAGUCAGAAAUUGUCCUCAGAAACCCCCAUGAAGAGCUAGAGUUUUGGCGUCCAUUCUUGAUGCACUUUGCCUCUUAGGUCCCUCCUUGUUAUUUGUAAACUGAGGCUGUGAUAAUACUUUGCACCAGGGACUAUGAGGUGACCGCGCUGCUCAAAAGCGUAAGGGCAGGAUUCUCGGUUUUCUCCUCUGACUAUGAAAAUGGUGGGGGAGGAGAACCAAAAGGUGUCCCUUGGUUCCUGAUGAUUGACUCCCAGGUAAGGAAGGGCAUCCUUUCCCUUGCAAGGAGCCACCUGAGAUCAGACGGACCUG